AUGGAUGUCAUCGGUCCAAUAGAUCCAGCCGCUUCUAAUGGAAACAGAUUUAUUUUGGUUGCUAUUGAUUAUUUCACCAAAUGGGUGGAAAUAGAUUCAUACAAGUCAGUAACCAAGAAAGUUGUGGCUGAUUUUGUUCCCAACAAUUUGAUAUGCAGAUUUGGAGUGCCAGAAUCCAUCAUUAUUGAUAAUGGUACAAAUCUCAACAGUCACCUGAUGAGAGAUAUUUGUGAACAGUUUAAGGUCACUCAUCGGAAUUCAACUGCUUAUCGUCCCCAAAUGAACGGAGCUCAUCGAGGUUGGCAUGAGAUGUUACCAUAUGCUUUACUGGGUUAUCGAACGACUAUCAGAACAUCGACUGGUGCUACUCCAUACUUAUUAGUAUAUGGAACAGAGGCAAUCAUACCUGCUGAAGUUGAGAUACCGUCAUUCAGAAUCAUCCAAGAAGCUGAGUUAAGUAACGCUGAAUGGGUUAGCAAGCGGAUUCAUCAACUAACUUUGAUUGAUGAGAAGAUAAUGGUUGCCGUCUGUCAUGGUCAAUUAUAUUGGCAGAGAAUGAUUUAUAGCUUUGCUCUGAAAUCAGCAAAUUCUUCCGAUGGAUGA